UCACGCUUGUCUCUAUCGGCAUCAUCACUGAUCGAGAUACAGAUAGAUAUCCCCUGGAAUGGAAGACACGGACAAAAAAGACCAUGGGGAAUAUAGCGGAGUGAUAAAGGGCGGGCUGCGGCCCUCCAUGAAGCUGGUUGUGAUGGGGAUCAUUAACAAUAAACCCAAGAGCAUGGAGGUGGUCGUGUCCAGUUCCCCCCAGCAGGAGGAGCCAGAGGGCGACGUGGGCCUCCAGCUGAAAGUCAACUUCCCGGAUAAAGCAGUCCAUCGGAACGCCCGACUGGCUGGGAAGUGGGGUCCUUCCGAGAACACCCUGUCCUACUUCCCCUUCACCGCUGGAGAGUCCUUCAAGAUGGAGAUCGUCUGCGAGCACCAGCAGUUCCGCAUCCUGGUGGACGGCCAGCCGCAGUUCAGCUUCACCCACCGCCUCACGCCCCUGGCCUCGCUCACCGCCCUCAGGGUGGCUGGGGAUCUGCAGCUAACCAAGGUGGCCUAA